ACGUGUAAAAUUCGCUCACCUCGAAAGGCUCUCUCGCAAAAGGGAAUUUCAUCUCACGCGAACUGCUCUCGCCGCUUUUAACGGUUCAGUCGCGGCCCUAUUGUUUUUUCGCAGCGCAUUGCAUCGCAUACAUUUGCCCGAAACGGGUCUCGCAAACAAUUGCUGAUAAAACGGUUUACGUGCGUGCUUAGUGUGUUUGAUGUGCGUGUGUGUUUCUGGUGAUCGUGUGUGCACAUUGAAGAACAUCGUCCCGGAAAAUCAACAAGCAGACCCCAUCCCCGCAGCUCACAGCAAGGACACGCGUGAAUAUUGGAAACUUCCCCCUGUACUACUAACUCAUAGCAAACACCGUGUGAGUGCCACCACCGUACCUUACGUUAGAACCAACCGAAGAGUUCGUUCUCUGCACAGUUAGUGUCACCGAUUGCUUUGGUGUGAAACGUUACCGGGGCCGUGCACGCGCGUGUGUUUUGUCCGUGUCCGUCUGAUCAUCCGAAGACGCCCAUUCGAUCGAUAGUGCUCCAUUGUCCGGUGUGCGUGUUUUGUGUAUGAGGUGACGUGCUAUUCCGGUGUCAUCAUCGUGGGAUCAUCAUCAGAUCAUCUCAUUUAUUUCCCCGUUUUGGUCGGCGGGGGUUCACAUCUCAUCGGGCCAAAAAGCAAACCAAACCACAUAACUCAUCGUGUGUCCUUUGUGUGAUCGUUGCUUGUUUACGUUACGGUGAUCGUCUAGCGAAAGCUUACAGAGGUCCAGUUGUUGUGCACGUUGUCUUGGGCAGGGCAACAAAGCUAAACGAUAACAACAGGGCGCAUGCGUGUAUUUGGGACUGUGUGCGCGCACUGUUUGAGUUGUGUUAAUUUAUAUUAGCGAUUAGCGAAGAACGUUCGUAAGGGCGAUUAGUGAAUUUUUAAGUGAUAGAAACAAAAUACCAGAACCAAUUGGCAGUCUUUAGCAAAGUAACCCAUCAAACGCAGACACGAAACUCCACACGAUCAUACCGUGUAUGUAGAUCGUAUCGAAGAUCGCGUAUAGUUUAAAAGAAAUUCAAGGGGAACGUACGGCAAAAUGUUCAUCGAAGAAGACAUUAACAUGGAAAGCGCUUGGGUGCAGACGGCCAUCGGGGCGAUCAAGAUCAUCACGAUGGUGUACGAUAUCAUCACGAUGCCGAUCUAUCUGGCGAUCCAGCGACCAUGGAAGCGCAAGCAACUUGCCCGAAGGGUGAAGGCCAAGAUCAUUCAACAGGACACCACCUCGAUCACGUACCGGUCAGUUGAUACACCUGGCGAGAUGCACGUCAAGAUGCUGCAAAACAACAUCGACACGCUCGAGCGGAUGUUCAACUUCGUCACGAAGGUGCACACCACCAAGCGGUGCAUUGGUACGCGCCAAAUCCUCGGCGAAGAGGACGAGAUGCAACCGAACGGUCGGAUGUUCAAGAAGUUCCGCAUGGGCGAUUAUGUGUGGCGCAACUUCAUCGAGACGGAGCACGCGGCGGCCUGCUUUGGGCGCGGUUUGCGCGAACUUGGCCAGCAGCCAAAGCAGAACAUCGUCAUUUUUGCCGAAACGCGCGCCGAAUGGAUGAUUGCGGCGCACGGAUGUUUCAAGCAGAACAUGCCGGUGGUGACGAUCUACGCAACGCUCGGUGAUGAUGGUGUGGCGCACGGUAUCAACGAGACGGAGGUUACGACCGUGAUAACGUCCCACGAGCUGCUGCCAAAGUUUAAGAGCGUGCUGAACGUGACACCGAACGUGAAGAAGAUCAUCUUCAUGGAAGAUCAGCUCCAUCCGACCGAGACGACCGGAUUCAAGGAAGGUGUUGAGAUCAUUCCCUUCAGCAAGGUCAUCGAACAGGGCAACAAGAGCACUAUCGCUGGAUCCCCACCGUCUGCCGACGAUACCGCGAUCAUCAUGUACACAUCCGGUUCGACAGGAACGCCCAAGGGUGUGCUGCUAUCGCACGCCAACUGUAUCGGCACGAUGAAGAACUUCUGUGAUAUCUUCAAGAUUUAUCCGGAUGAUGUGUUGAUCGGGUUCCUACCGUUGGCCCACGUGUUCGAGCUGCUCGCGGAGAGUGUCUGUUUGCUCACUGGCGUACCGAUCGGCUACUCGACCCCACUCACACUGAUCGACUCGAGCAGCAAGGUGAUGAAGGGUUGCAAGGGUGAUGCGUCAGUGCUACGACCGACCUGCAUGACUUCAGUACCGCUCAUCCUGGAUCGAAUUUCGAAAGGUAUCAACGACAAGGUAAACGCCGAAACCCCGAUGAAGAAAGCUUUCUUCAAGUUCGCCUACAACUACAAAUCGAAGUGGACGGCUCGGGGCUAUCAGACACCGCUUAUGGACAAGAUUAUCUUCAAAAAGAUCGCUAAGUUGCUCGGAGGUCGUAUUCGCAGUGUACUGUCUGGUGGCGCACCGCUUGCACCGGAUACUCACGAACAGAUUAAGCUAUGUCUGUGUGUUGACGUGAUCCAGGGUUACGGACUGACCGAAACUACAGCCGGAGCGGCUGUAAUGGACAAAUGGGACAUGGAAUACAGCCGUGUUGGAGCACCGUCGUCGAGUAAUGACAUUCGUUUGAUUAACUGGGAGGAGGGCAACUAUCGCGUCACGAACAAACCGUUCCCGCAGGGUGAGAUUGUUGUCGGUGGUACAACCGUCUCGAAGGGUUACUACAAGCUGCCCGGCAAAACGCAGGAAGACUUCUUCGAGGAGGACGGUCAGCGAUGGUUCCGUACCGGUGACGUGGGUGAAGUCCAUCCCGAUGGUGCUCUUAAGAUUAUUGAUCGUAAGAAGGACCUGGUGAAGCUGCAGGCCGGCGAAUAUGUGUCGUUGGGUAAGGUCGAAUCGGAGCUGAAAACCUGCCCGGUGGUGGAAAAUAUCUGCGUGUACGGCGACUCGACGAAGCAGUUCACUGUUGCGCUGGUUGUGCCGAAUCCGAAGCAUCUGGAAGAGAUCGCCGAACGGUUGGAAAUUCGCGGUGUCGAGUUUGAAGUGCUGUGCGAUAACAAGAAGGUCGAAAAGGCCGUCCUACAGGAGUUGGCCGAACAUGGCCGUAAAUGCAAACUGCAUCGUAGCGAAAUUCCCGCCGCCGUACAUUUGUGCAAGGACAUCUGGACGCCCGACAUGGGCCUGGUGACGGCUGCCUUCAAGUUGAAGCGCAAAGACAUUCAGGAGCGAUAUCAAACCGAAAUCAACAAGAUGUACGCAUCGUAGAUGCGUUAGUGUCGGCUAGAUGCACUAACCGAUCCACUACUUCCCAACACAUGCAAAACAGAUGCAGGCUUAAAAACCCAUACACAUACCAAGAGAAGAAGCGCGCUUUGUACGUAAGGCUGUAGAAAUUAUUCAACAUAGAAACGAGAACGUUAAACAAAGGGCUACAAUAGGACGCGCAUCAAGCAUGCGCGAUGGUCGAUGAUCGUUGCAUGCGUGCGUGCGCGUGUUGUACAUGGAUUCGAUCUCUCGGUGGCUCGAAAGCGCCCAUAAUCUCGUGCUCCUUUCACUGUACACACAUAGACGUUGGUUCAAUUCGCUUGCGACAGGAAGAGUACGAUACGUGCUUCUCCCGGAUGAAUGGCACUAAGGAUAUAGCUGGCGCUGGCCGUUUGAAGCCAUUGAAUCCUUCCAAAAUGUGAGCGAACCAAGAUACAAUCCACACAUAACAUUGAUGGAAAGGAAUUGCAUUCGAGAAAUGAACAAGGCGCUUGAAAGUUGCCAGAAAGGACACGAUGUCAGAAAGAACAGAGAGCAAAAGAAAGAGAGAGAUAGAGAGAUUGAAAGAGCGGAAUGAUGUACGUAAGAUGAAGUUUUGUUUCAUCUGGUUCUUAAUACUAUUGCGUACGGCGCUUUUUGGUGGCUGCACCGUCACUCGUGGCUAGUCGUAGAUUGGGGAGUUGAUUGAAUUUAUUUUUGUUUGUUUUCGUUACUUUACACAUAUAUAUUUCUACCCGUCUACAAGUUUCUUCUGUACUUGGUUAGUAUUAGUUGUUAGUGUUGUAUUUUUUAGUGUGACACGUGCCCGUGCACCUCUAUUUUGCUGGUGCACGCUGUGUGUGUAUGUGUGAGCGAAAACCAGCAAACAAUCACGCGAAAUAAGAACAAAUAUGGAAAGAUUCGAGUACUCGUUUCAGUGUAUGUUCCUUCGUUUUACAUUCGCUUCCUUCGCACCUGGAUUGAUCUUUCGGUACCAGACGUCGAAGCGCAGUCGAAUAGAUGUUCUAAAGAACUCAGUUUUUCGGCAUAAUAUGAUUAGUUUUGUUAGUUCUAGCAAGCGACCUUCGCGAUGGUGUCUGAAAAAAAAACACGAGUCCGGAUCGCUGUUGUCCGAUCGAUGCUCCACGACUGGCACGGAUUCAGCCGUUUCACCUCGCUGAACAAGCAAACGAUACGUUGCUGCAGCACCGUACAAGGGACUGUUUCAAGGGUUCGGGGUUUGUAUAGGAAGGGUAGAUAGAAAGACUUUAUUCAAAAACAAUGCGGCAAUUCCAAACUACAUGCGAUUGGAAUCAAUUUCGAACAAAUAUGGUAGGAGGGGCGCGCAUUACCAAUGUGCAACCUUACAUUGCUCCCACUGGAGUGAUUAGCGGUACACGUAAGCGAAUAGUGUUUAAUAAAGUAGUAAAAUCAUGAACGAUCACUAGCGGAUCUAUCACUUAUCAUCUUGUUUGUUUUAAGUUCUGUCUGCAUCGUUGUUGCAUUUUGUUUUCCCCUUUCUGUACUCGCAUCCGGUUGAGAUGCGCUUGAAACCCUUUCCUUUCUUCUUCAUUUCGUUACGUUCGAUUACCUUCAGAAUCGAUGUAUAAAAGUAAAUUAAUACCAGUAAUAAAUUAUUGUAUUAGAGUAAAUUAGCUAAAGACAAAAGAAAACGGCGCGAUAUAAUAUACAUUAACUUAGACCUAAUCACACCAUUACCAUAAACGUUCGAAAACACGGCCACACAAUUAAUGACGCUAUGAGUGAAAACCUUCGGAGCACUUUAAACUCAUGGUUAGUAGAAGUGUUUUAUGUUCGGUUAUGGGAGUUCGGGAGGUAUAAAUCCGUACGUUAAUGUAUAGGUGAUGGAUAUAGGCAGCCAAGCAGCCGACCGUGAAUUACGGACACGAGGGCUCGUUGUUACGGUCAAUGCACCGGAUAGGGAUACCGGCUAACAAAGUGUCGAGGCUAGAUUCAAUCUGCAUUCUGUACAUAUAUGGAGAGUGUAAUCAGCACUACGGGCUAAUUACUGCGCGGAGCUUAGUCAGAAACGCGUGUGCGUUGUAUAAAGUGCUACAACAAUAAGUUAAUCUGUGUUUUGUUUGUUUUGUUUCUUCCGUUUCCCAAUUUAUGAUUUCUGCGGAUGGCUCCGUGCAAGUGUCGUAUUUUAACGAUAACGCUUGUAAUAAUAUAUCCUAUAGACACAUACACCUAUAAAGUCAACUCGGCGAAUACAAGCAGACAGCCACAGCAAAAACAAGAAACAAACUUACUAAUGGUUACUGGGAUGGGUUUUUGGGGCAUAGGUAACAACAUUAUUACAAAGUAAGGGGCGGUCAAAUAGUGGUGGCAGAGCUAGGCGCAUAUAUAAACUGGAAUGGAAAAAAAUGGCAUAUAAAAUUGCAGCUACAGUUGAGCGCAUGCGAUUUUUUCGAGAGUCUGAUUAGUUAUAGCGGGUCGCGGGCGUAAGGAAACCCAUCUAAAUAAAUCAACGAGCGGCAAAACUAGGGACGUAUUUCAAGUGCUAGGUUAUAGUCGAACAAUCUUGCUUCUUCUGCACGACAGCAGGGAUCAUGAAAUGAUGAAGGAAACAAUAAAGUUCACUAAAUAUC